GAAAGCGACAAUAUUUGAGAAGGUGGUGGUUGAUUUUCGAACGCUCUAGUUUCGAUGGCCUCGAUGUUUUAACCACUGCUGUGCUUUAUUAAUUAUUCCUGAAUAGGCUGCUAUGAACGUAAUAGCGACCGUCCUGUGGACAUUCAGCAAUUUGACCGAUGGCUGCAUUGCUGCUGUGUACUUUCUUCUGCGAGUCAACGAAUUUCUUGGAAGCAUUAUCAUCGGUGUCUGCUUUUAUGCAACGACUGUGCUUCGUUAUCUUGUGAAAUGCUUGUGCCAAGCUUACACAGAGCUCACCUUCUUUUGUCAGGACAUCGUCUCUUUUGUCGGUUUCAUCGUAAACGUAACCGAUGCCCUUGUCCAUGGCAGUGCAGAUUGCGUUGUCAAGACUUUCGCUGCCUUGCUUCGUUUGGCGGCCUUUCUGAAGACGAGCUUCGCGAACGGAUACUAUGGAGUGGCCUCAGCAGCAUACGCAGUUGUGUCCUCGUGCUAUGGCUUCCUGGCGCUUCUGUUGAAUUCAGCAGUACUGUUGUUGCAGAUGCUACCGUACACAGCAUUCCUAUUUGGGCGUUAUGCGCUCUACGGUGUAUCUGUGAUCGUAAGGUCAAUUUUGACCUGCGUUACAGUGGCAGUUGGCUCCGUUGUGAGCGCAAUCGUCACUACGGCUUGUGUGCUGUCACAGUUUCUCUUCGGUCAGCCGGAAGACGUGUACACUGGACUAGUAAUCCUGCUGCUGACUGCGAUCAUCUUGAAGAUUGCUGUUCGUGCAAGAGCUCAUCAAACCGUGUGGAGACGUCUCUUGCGCCUUGUCAACGCCAUCACAUCUCGGAGGCCGCAGCGGCGGCGGCAGCCCAGUGGACCGAGGGGAAGCCCACCGUCUCCUCCAUUCACGAUGACGUUGAGACGAAGCACUUCACUACGCAGGGACAGAUUGAAUCGCCUUGAGCAAGAGCUUGAACAAGAACGCGAGAAACAGCUCUGUGUGGUCUGUCUAAACGAGGCACGUUCUGUUAUUCUUCUGCCUUGUCGUCAUUUCGCCCUGUGUACCCAAUGCCUUGGAACACUGUUUCAGCAACAGCAUCAGACGUGUCCAAUGUGUCGGCAUACUAUCUAUGAAGCAAUUCCUGUGUAUGCCUGAACAUGUUUAAGAACUGACUCAUAUCCGUGCAAGUACAAGAAGUUCCAGGAAACAAAAUUUUUCUUUCUUCCCCUGUAUCACGUCUUCAAUUCAGUUUGUCUUUUGUGUGCACGUAUCAAGGUUUCAGAAUAUGUACAGCCUUGAGCAAAAGUAUAUGAACCAGGGGAGAGUGUGGCAAAAUUUCCAUGCGCGUGCGCGAGCUGUCACCUGUCGAGAGCAUUGCUCUGGCCACAUAUUCACUAGAGCAAUGCUGUCGACAGCAAACAGCUCGCUACUAGAUCACAAUUUAAGCAUGCGCUCCCGUAGUUUGUAUACAUUUGCUCACAGGUGUACACAGUGACACACCACAAUGUAAAUAGCCAAAUGAACAUAAUCAUGUUUGACUAUCAUGGCAGUAUUCUAGCUGUAAUUAUUUUUUUUUAUUUAUCUUAUGUAACAGUGUGUGAAAUGCACAGCUAGUGGGCCUCUGUGUCAUUAGAUAAAGGAGAACCCAAUUGUUAGAGCCUAUACUCCAGCCAAGAAAGUAACCCCAGAACUGAAUGAGCGCUUUUUCACCACUGAACUCAAUUUAACCAACUAACUAUUACUGAAUGAAACUUGUUAAUUGGUUUGUCCAUGAGUAACGUGAACAAACUAGCAUGUCUUGCGUAACUCAGGCUAAGCUAACUAAAAAAAACUUUGAGGUCGCUUUACCUUUGCUUUAAGAGUAGAACUCGAUAGCGUAAUCAGGCCCCAUUCGCAUCGCCUUCUCAUUCACUAGCUAGGCUUUGCUUCUUGGUGGUCACCUCAACUGUGUAGUGAGGAAAGGAACUUUUUGCUGUUUUAAACUAUCCUAGAAUGCACGAGGGUUCUUAGGUGGGCUAGUUGGUUCAUGAAUAUUGUGGCAGAACAGCGCAGAAAAUGGGACGAAGAACACGCAUGACACGGUGCUGUUUCCUGUGUGCUCUUCGUCCUGUUUUCUGCGCUGUUCUGCCACAAUAUCCUAGAAUGCUUAUUGCAAGUACACUUGCAAAGUACCUACUACACCAUAAAUCAUUUUGUAAAUUAGGGAAGUACCCACUACGUGUUCGUAAAGCAUUAUGUGCAUUUACUCAUCUGCACACUUUGUUGCUGUUGUUGCUGAUGAUGAUCAAUUAUGCCUGAACACUGUAACUGAUGGGCCUUUAAAAUACCCACUCGUGCAAUUCACAUGGUGUGAUGUCUGGUGCAAUUUUAUGCUUGUGCCGCACAAUUUUACUGUAUUAACAUGUCAUGUAGUGUGCUCUUUGCACUACAUGACACCUGCAUAAGGUUUUUUUCCCCAACAGUUUCAAGUGCUGACAUGGCUCUGCUUCCACGCUUCUGUGUGGAAGUAGAGCCAUGCAAAAGCUGGGUUCGAUUCUGGCUUGGCGACAUGACUUUUAUUAUUUGCAUUUUUUGCUCACACCCGACGACACAGAAAUUUCAGCGAAACGAGCACUUUAACACUACCUCGUUAAAAAGAAAACAAGAGAUGAAGAUGUGACCACUGGCGUUUUGUUAGUAGUCGCCUUGUGCAUAAUGGUAAAUUUUUUGGUUGUCACUGCUUGGUUAACAAAUAAAGGUUAAUUGCAUAAGUAAUUGAUCACUUACAUAAAUGAAAAAGUUUCAACAUUACAUUCUGCAUCGCAUUUGAAAACAUCAUGUUAAAAAAAUUUCAGGCUUGCAACAUCAUUCUUUGUUAGAUUUUCUGUGUUUCAAAUUUUUUGCAAGAAAAAGCGUAUGCUGCUGUCACACAUGCACACUUUUCCUCUUUUCUUUUUUGCAUUUUUGGCUGCAAAUUCGAAUCGCAGGAAACCGGAGUGUUGUGAGCUAGAAAUUUUUAGCAUGAUGUUUUGAAAUGCAAUGCAGAGUGAGAUGUGAAAACAUUCAUAAGGAAAAAAUUUUGUAACUUAUUAAAAAAAUUGCUUAGGCAAUUAUUUUUGAUAAUUAACUAAACUUUGAUAAUUGAAAGUUUAAUUAUGAUGUGAGAGGUGACCAAUAAGAAAACACCACUGGUUGCAUCUCUGUAUCUCGUUGUCCUUUUCUUAAUUUACUUCGGCCCGAGCUAGCUGGGACACGUUGUACAAGUGUCAGUAGCUUUACUAGUAUGGCUUAGCUUUGUUGAUUAAUUCUGGUGAAUCAUCAUGGAAGUAUGCACUGCAUACUUACUCUGCUACCCAAGAUGGUUCACUUAAAUAUUGCGAAAAAUGAAAUGCUGCAUUGCAUCAGUUGUCUGUAUAGCCAAUGGAAAUAGCUUGGUUAGCAAAUAGUUCUUGCACUGGUUUGGAUAUCUGCUGCUAGUGUUUACUGCAAUGAGCUUGUGGCUGUAACUCUUCAUUGCAUUGUGUCUUUUUUUUAUCUUUGUGGGAUUGAGAGCAUGAAAAUUAAGUGCAUACAAAUGUUUAUUUCAAAGCAAGCAGAGUAUUAUUGUGCGUGAUUUAUUUACUGUGUGUUAGAAAGGGACUGACAACUGAUCAAAUUGUUUCACAAGAUUAUAAUGAAAAAUGUGGAGAUAGUUUUCACUGAUGUCAUCGUGGUCGCCAUGUUUGAUUACUAUAGGUGCUAGCAUGUUAAGCAGCUGCGCAAACAAAAAGCAUGACAGCACGACAGGCAUAUCCUGCAUCAAAUUACAAAACCCAUAAGUGAUAAUUCAGUGAAAACUGGUCACCUUCAAAAAAAUAAAACGGUGUGCUUAUGAUAAUAUAGCCCACUGACAUCAUGGCCACUAUGUUUGUGUUUGGAUACAAGCACGAUGAAAAGGUGCAUCUAUGAUGUCAUGUGGAAGCUACCUUUAGUAUCGGACAGGAUGGUUAUCAUUUGAAAUGGACACGGUCACGUAUGACCGCGUUGUCACAACACUACUGUGAAGCUUAUGAAGAAGUGGAGCCUCUCUCAUGAACACAAAUUGAUUUGUACAAAUUAGCUGCCAAAAAUUCACUGUACAUUUUGUUUUAAAGUGGUCCUGAACCACCUUUUGUGCUUGGUGAAAACAUACGCAGGGGAAAGCAGAUGCUGUUAUGAACACCUCAGCCAAAUCCUGCAGUCGUGCAUGGCAAGAAGAGUUCACAAGCGGAGCACGAAGUUGCCACUUUCUCAAGUGCCCUCUCAUCAUACAGAGGCCCGUCCUCACUUGCUUUGCAACUGCCGUUGGCUGCUGUAUGGAGUCAUAAAGCAGAUUGCUGCUAUUGGCCGAUUGCUGACGUAAAGCAAUCGGCCAUGUGAUCGCGUUUCAUAAUGCCUGAAUCCUGAUCAAGGUCAGGAUGUGUGCUGAUGUAGCUUCUUUCUCCCUUUGUUAUCCGCUGCUGUGUGGCUUCCAUUGCGCUCGUCGGGACAGAAAAAGAGAGAAAGCGCUUCAAACGUGUGACAAAUCCCUGCAACUCCAAUCGUUCUUGACGGAUUCGAAAAAUUUUUGCAGUGAUCAAUUCAUGGUGGGGGGGAGAGGCAAUAAACUCCAAUACUGAGGCCAUUCGAUGAUUACUUAGAAAAGAGAUUUAGGACCGCUUAAAAGACAUGCCAACUUUUGUUUGCCGUGCAUUUGGUGUAGUGUUGUAUUGCAGCAACAUUUGAUAUGUAUUUGUGACAUUACAAUUUUACACAUGACACUGCUGUAGUGGCAGAGACUAGCACAGCAUGGUUUCUCGCUGCAUGGCGGUGCACGGAAUCAGUUUUGUAUUUGUGUGUGUGUUAGCUAAUUCUUCUAACCUGCUGUGAUGUCCCAGUAAGAUACAAAAUGCCAAUAAUUUGCUCAAUGAAGGGGUGUCAGUGCUGCCAGAACAACAUUACUGGUAAAAAUAUGGCUUGAUGACGAGAAUGAGAGGAUUGUAAAAGAUGGUUCAAGAGGAAGCACCAAGAGCAUGUGUCAGAAGUUUCUAACAGACUUGGAGGCAUAGUUACAACAGGACUGUCUUUAAAAAGGAAAUGUUUCUUAAUGUUUCACAUGCUCCUGGGAGCUUCUUUUUCAUUCCACUGUACAAUUGAUAAUACCCCAUCUGGUUAGGAGGGAUCGUAAUAGUAAUUUGAAAGAAUUAUAUUAAUUUGUGGAGUUUCGCGUGCCAAAACAGCAUUAUGAUUAUGAGGCAUACCGUAGUGGAGGGCUCCGGAAACUUCGACCAUCUUGUAUUCUGUCACGUGCAAUUACAUCGCACAGUACACGGGCCUCAACCAUUUUGCCUCCAUAGAAAUGCGACAGCCACGGCCUGGAUCGAACCCGCGACCUUCGGGUCAGCAGCUGAGCGCCAUAACCACUGUACCACAGCAGUGGACUAAGUUGAAAAAAUGCCACCCACUGAAGAAAAUGAAAAGAAGGCAUUUUGCUACCAUAAUGAGACUUGAGACGUCAGGAUAGUAAGCAUUCCAUUACAUUUAAAUAGUACAUACCAUUUAAAUGUUAGUUGUCGGUCCCUUUAAGCAAAUGAAGCAUGAUGACUAUCUUUGAGCGACAUGUGUUCCCUGCUAUGAUCAUAGAUGCAUUACAUUGUUGUACAAAGUCCAAGUUGCAUUUAAAACCACUGCCAUUUUACUGGAAUGUACAUAUUGGCUACGCAGGAAUGCAUAUGCUUCAAUAAAGUCUGUCUGGACAGAAUG